UGACGUGUUUUGACGCACGCGCGUUUUCCAGCAAAGGGAAAUAAGAUCCGGCUGCCGGAAAAUGUUCGUUUCCCCGUCAAAGAAUUUAUUUUACGGCCAAAUCUCGGGGCCAAGCCCUAUAUAAACCCCCUCGAACUCUCGUUCUUUGGUCAUUCAAUUUAGAGAAAGAAAGAGAUGGAGAGAGAGAAACGUUUUAGUGGAGCUUCGGGUUCUCUUGUUAUAAGUGCUACAGUUGCAUAGUGUAUCACAGCGUCAAUUCCAGUGUGCAGUAUUCAAUGAUUAUUGGCUGAUGUGAUUGUGUGAGGGGCAGCCGAUAAGGAUAUAAAUAAUCGAGUUGUUGACUGAGCAGGUUCUUUUGUUUACCUGUGGGAAUUUGGACUUCUUUCUCCUGGAGAUUGUUCUUUUAUUGACCUUUUUCUGGGUUGCCUUAUUUGGAAAUAUUGUGAUGCUUAGCACAACCUCCUUUGAGAGGUCUCUUGGCAUGGUCCUCUUUCUAGUUGUUAUUAGUGUCUUUCUUUACUAACUAUAAGAUUCCCAUUCCUACGGGUUUUCCUGAAGUUCAUCAACAGGACCAAUUGGUCAACAGGUGAUUAAAAGGGCUUUGGUAUCAUGAAGGUUCUGUUUUUCCUGGGUGUGGCAUACAUCUUAUUUUUAUUUUUUCAAUUUGUAAACCUAGAAAGAAUUUCGUUUGAUUCUUUGCAGCUACUGUGAGUUUUCACUAACAUCAAAUUUUCGCAAAUAUGGGUUCCCGUGGAAGACCAUUAUUUGAUCUAAAUGAACCCCCUGGUGAAGAAGAGGAAGUUUAUGAAACUUUACCUGAUCUCCUUGUUCAAGUAGGAAAUCAGGGGAUUGUAGAUAUUCAUGGUGGUUCUCAUACAUCAUCUGUUUCAGACUCCCAAACUGUUGCCAAAGAUAACCCAAAAGGCUGCACUGCAAAGAAUGAUAAAGAAAAUAACCAAGGAGAAUCACUGAUCCCAUCUUCUAGUAAGUCCAGUGCCCAGGUUUUGCCAGUUCAAUGUGAUUCUAAGAAUCAGAAUUUAUCACACUUGAUCUCUCCAUCAUUUUCUUUAUUUAGCAGAGAAGAUGAAAUUAAUGCAACUCCAUUUGUUGCUCCUAAACACUGUCGGAGAUUGCGUUCAAGGGUGGCUUCAACAUCUCACAAACAGAACACUAAAUGUCCAAAGAAAGAAACUUCAGAAAGGGAGGAGGGUGAAUACCCGGUGAUGUGGGAUGUAGCAAAUGCUUUAGGGAGCAGCCAUGGAACAAAAUUCAUGGCAAUUCCAAAACAGAAAGUUGAAAAUCCAUUUUCUAAAGGUCAUGGGGGGCUUGAGGAUAUUUCCAUAGAUUCUAAUUCCGAGGUCAAAUCUGAAAAGAAGAUCAUCUCUGCUCUUAGGGAUGGAAAUGAAAGUGCCCAUAUGGGGGGAGGGUUUACGAGUGGUAUAUCAGAUGAUAAGUGUCAAAGCCUUUCUAGAUCAGAUUCCACUCUUUUUGAUGUUGUAAAUAGCAUCAGUGGGAAUCAUGAAGAGAGUAGUAAAGGAGAUGCACAUAUUGGUAAUAGUUUGGAGGAGCCUGCAGGCAGCACAGCCACAGUGCCUAAAGAUUCAAAGGUACUACCAAAGGAUCGUCCUGUAAUGAAGUGUCCUCCUAUUGGCAAGAAGCAUACUCUUGACCAAAAGAAGGAGGCGAUGUUGGGUAAGAAGCGAGCCCGACAAACAAUGUUUCUUAAUUUAGAGGAUGUCAAGCAAGCUAGUGCAGUAAAAACCUCAACCCCAAAGAGGGUAAAUUCCCUCACAUCGCCCUUAACUAGUCGUGCAGGCAAAGAGACUCUGCGUGGUUCACGUGCUCCAGUUGAACGCAUGGGGGAUAGGCAAGGGCAACCCAUAACAAAAGAUCAGAAGCAAGCAGAUUUGUUGAGCAAUGAGAGAUAUACUGCUUCAGAAGUUAAUGAUAAGCAGAAGACUGACUGGAGUGGUGAUGAGAACUUUGGAGAUCAAGCAUCAAAUGAUGAAAGCUCAGGAAAGGGCCAAAUAGCGAUGUUCCCUAAGAGGUUGUCAAAUAAUUCUGAAACACCAUUGGAUCCCAUUCCUCCUCAUGUUUCGAGACAAAGUUCAUGGAAGCACAUCAUGGAAUCACGACAGUCUUCACAGCCUUUUAAUUGGGAUCAAGGUCGGGAUGUUCGAGAUUCAAGGGUAACAAACAAGAAGCAUUUACCAUCGAAGAAGAAUCAAUCUUCUAGUACAUCAUAUCAAGAUACAUCUGUGGAACGUCUACAUCGAGAGGUGACUAAUGACAAAUUUUGGCACCAUCCAGAGGUCGCGGAGCUUCAAAGUGUACCUGGUCGAUUUGAAUCUGUUGAAGAAUAUGUUAGAGUUUUCGAGCCUUUGCUUUUUGAGGAGUGCCGUGCUCAAUUAUACAGUACUUGGGAAGAACUUUCUGAAACAGGUCCAAGGGAUGCCCAUACUAUGGUUCGUGUAAAAAAUGUAGAGAGACGUGAAAGAGGAUGGUAUGAUGUAAUUGUUCUCCCAUUACAUGAGUGCAAGUGGACCUUUAAAGAGGGUGAUGUUGCUGUGCUGUCAUCAUCAAAACCUGAAACAGUGAGACUGAGGAGGACCAAGGUUAACAGUGGGACAAAUGAAGAUGAAGUGGAGUCUGAGGCUGCAGGAAGGGUGGCUGGUACAGUUAGGAGAUUUUCACCAGUGGAUACUCGUGAACCUCCAGGAGCAAUACUCCAUUUCUAUGUUGGAGACAAAUAUGAUGCAAACAGUAAGAUGGAUGAGGAUCCUUCCCUCUUGAAGAAUUUACAGCAGAGAGGCACUUGGUAUCUAACUGUUCUUGGAACGCUUGCAACAACCCAGAGGGAAUAUUUAGCGUUGCAUGCAUUCCGUCGGCUCAACCAUCAGAUGCAAAAUGCAAUCCUGCAACCCAGUCCAGAGCACUUCCCGAAAUAUGAGGAGCAACCCCCUGCAAUGCCUGAAUGCUUCACCCAAAACUUUGUGGAUCACCUCCACCGGACCUUCAACGGGCCUCAGUUAGCCGCUAUCCAAUGGGCUGCAAUGCACACAGCCGCUGGAACCAGUAGUCUUGGAUCAUCCAAGAGACAAGACCCAUGGCCCUUCACCCUGGUUCAAGGGCCUCCUGGUACUGGAAAGACCCACACAGUGUGGGGUAUGCUAAAUGUUAUCCAUCUUGUCCACUACCAACACUAUUAUGCGGCUCUUCUGAAGAAACUUGCGCCUGAAAGCUAUAAACAACCUACCGAAACAAGCUCGGAAAGUGUGUGUUCUGGUUCUAUAGAUGAGGUCCUUCAAAGCAUGGACAAAAACCUCUUAAGAACCCUACCCAAGCUUUGCCCCAAGCCCCGAAUGCUAGUUUGUGCACCAUCCAAUGCGGCAACAGAUGAGCUCCUUUCUCGAGUCCUGGACCGAGGGUUUAUUGAUGGGGAAAUGAAGGUUUAUAGGCCCGAUGUGGCUCGAGUUGGGGUUGAUACACAAACCCGAGCUGCGCAGGCUGUGUCAGUAGAGAGAAGAACUGAGCAACUCUUAACAAAAAGUAGGGAAGAAAUCAUUAGCUGGAUGCACCAGUUAAAGCUUCGUGAGGCCCAAUUCUCUCAACAGAUAGCUGCUCUCCAAAGAGAACUGAAUGUUGCAGCUGCAGCUGUGCGUUCACAAGGGAGCAUGGGGGUGGACCCUGAGGUGCUCAUGGCUCGAGACCACAAUAGGGACUCUCUUUUACAAAACCUUGCGGCUGUUGUGGAGGGAAGAGACAAAGUUUUGGUAGAAAUGUCAAGAUUGGUUAUAUUGGAGAGCCAGUUUAGGGCAGGUGGGGGUUUUAACACUGAUGAGGCUCGAGCAAGCCUUGAAGCAAGCUUUGCGAAUGAAGCUGAGAUUGUGUUCACUACUCUCUCUAGCAGUGGGCGCAAGCUAUUCUCGAGGCUAACACAUGGGUUUGAUAUGGUGGUCAUUGAUGAGGCAGCGCAGGCGAGUGAGGUUGGGGUCCUCCCUCCUCUUGCAUUAGGUGCAGCGAGGUGCGUGCUUGUCGGAGAUCCUCAGCAGCUCCCUGCUACUGUUAUCAGCCAGGCAGCGGGCACUCUUCUCUAUAGCCGUAGUCUUUUUGAGAGGUUUCAGCAAGCAGGAUGCCCAACCAUACUUUUGUCAGUGCAGUAUCGAAUGCAUCCUCAGAUUCGUGAAUUCCCUUCCAGAUAUUUCUACCAGGGACGCCUAACUGACAGUGAAAGCGUUCUGAACUUACCUGAUGAAGUUUAUUACAGAGAUCCUCUCUUGAGGCCCUACAAUUUCUACGAUAUCAUGCAUGGGAGAGAGUCCCACAGGGGUGGGUCUGCCUCUUAUCAGAAUGUGCAUGAGGCCCAAUUUGCCCUGAAGCUUUAUGAGCAUCUCCAAAAGAUUGUUAAAGCUUCAGGUGGCGGUAAGGUAACAGUGGGGAUCAUCACUCCAUACAAGCUUCAGUUGAAGUGUUUGCAAAGGGAGUUUCAGGAGGUUUUGGCUUCGGAAGAAGGGAAGGGCUUGUACAUCAACACAGUGGAUGCAUUUCAAGGCCAGGAGCGGGAUGUGAUUAUCAUGUCAUGUGUCCGGGCAUCCAACCACGGUGUGGGUUUUGUGGCUGAUAUAAGGCGAAUGAAUGUCGCCCUCACACGUGCUAGGAGAGCACUUUGGGUUAUGGGUAAUGCAGCCGCUUUGAUUCAGUCAGAGGACUGGGCUGCCCUUAUUGCUGAUGCCAAGGGUAGGGGUUGCUUUGUUGACAUGGAGUCCAUACCUAAAGAGUUCACCAUCUCUAAACCACCAAUAUAUAACCCAAUGCCUAACAAUAGGUUUCCAGUUAAUUCGCGGAUGCCUAGAAUGAUGGUUGGACCAAAACACCGGCAUCCUGGCAUGUUUGCUGAGCCCAAAUCUCUCUCUCUCCCAAAUGGUGAAGAGAAACCCGACUCAUCGGUUCCCAGUAAUGGCACAUACAGAGCAGCCGUAUGAGAAGAAUUUGUUUGGUCCUGGGCCACGGGACUGCCCCACACUAUUGAGGGUGAUUGAUGCAGAGAAGUGGGUUGGUUCUGAAACAGUGGAGUCUGCCCCCAGAAAUGUGGGAGGACAAAUGGUUAGAACCAUUCAGGCCUAACUGUGGUCUACUGGUUGGAGUCCUUUAAAGGAUGAGAAAUGAGCCAUUUGCGGGUCUUUAUCCGAGUUCGAAUGCUUGGUUAAGAGUGCAGUACCCCGAACUUUUAACUAAAAUCGAUGGAGAUUUUUGUUCUUCCAAAGGGUGCAAUAGGGUGUGAAGCCUAUUGCCCUUGAGAAAUUUUGUGCUAACCCAAGAAAGAUUCUGAAGAAAUGCUGGUUUUUUGGAUCCAUUUGGUAGAAGAUUUGUUGUGAUGGAUGCCUUCGGUUCAUGUGCUUGAUAAUUCUUGUACAUAAUCAUAGCUCCUGGAUGAAGAGCUGUAUUAUAGUAAAUAGAUACACUUGCCCAUUAUGUUUGUUUUGGGCACACGAUUCAGGGUUAUGUAAGGGGAAACAUCGAUAGAAGCUUUUGGGGACUAUCUCACAGAGGUCGGAGAUUUUGGGGACUGGGAUGAUUGCUCACGUGGCUCUGUAAAUUCUCUCUGUAAAGGAUGGCUGUUUGUAUAUGAUCCUGGAUACGGAGAAAAGGUAAAGUACCUCACCGAUCUGUACAUUUUGAUUCGAAAUAAAAUUAUUCUUUUUAUGCAAUGUCA